AUGCAUGUCUUAAAGCUCUUGACUGAAUCACUAGGAUUCAGUGCACUCCCACAACAAGAAUCAUCUAAGGAACUUAGACCAGUCGUGUUUUGGCAUGGGAUGGGGGAUACUUAUAACUCAUCCGCAAUGCAACGUGUGUUCUCUACAAUCCAUUCAGCGAAUCCAGACUUAUUCAUACAUUCCAUUUAUAUCAAUGAAGAUGAAUCAAAAGAUCAACAGGCUUCGUUAAUAGGGAAUGUAAAUGAUGAAGUUGAGAUUGCUUGUGCUCAACUUGAAUCAAUCCCUGAGUUGCAAAAUACACAAUUUGAUUUUAUUGGGUUUUCACAAGGUGGUAUAUUUGCUAGAGCCGCAAUUGAAAGAUGUGGCUUAGAUGUUCAUACUUUGAUUACUUUUGGUUCACCUCAUGCUGGGAUUUCAGAUUUACCAAGAUGUGAUGAUUCUGAUUGGUUUUGUAAAAGAAAGAAUGCAAUUUUGAAAAGACAAGUUUGGAAAAAAAAUGUUCAAAAUUCAAUUAUUGCAGCUCAAUUUUUCAGAGAUCCUUUAGAUUAUGACAAUUACUUGGAAAAUUCAAUAUUUUUAGCUGAUGUCAAUAAUGAAAGAUUUGAAAAGAAUAUGACAUAUGUUGAAAAUCUCAAAAAUUUGGAAAAAUUGGUGUUGGUUAUGUUUAGUCAAGAUGAAACAAUUGUACCAAAAGAAAGUGCAUGGUUCUACGAUCAAGAUAAGUCUUCUGGAGAAACUAUUCAAUUCAAAGAUACAGGUUUUUUCAAGCAAGAUUUGAUAGGACUAAAACAUCUUUAUGACCAGGACAAGAUUGAGUUUCUAACAAUUGAUGAUAGACAUAUGGCAAUUGGUGAUGACUUUUUGAAAAAAAUAACUGAGAAAUAUCUUGGAGUGUAA